GGAACGUCACUUCCGCAUUGCCGUCUAAGGACAGGAGACUGGAAGGAGCAGAAGAGGUUGUGAACUCGGUAUACCUUUGAGAUUCAGCCCUCUGAGGAGGCAGUGACACUUGUAUCGUUAUGUGAAGUGCAGCAGUUUGAGGCAGGAUAAGUGCAUCCACGAAGAGAGGUCCCAAAAGAGAUUGGUGCAGCGUCUAAUGAGCAGUGUCUUUGACUCUUUGGAGUUAUUUCAUAGCACCAGCGAAUUGGAGAUUUCCAGACAGGUUAUCCGCUGUGGCGACCCCUAACUGAGAAAAAGCCGAAAUAAGAAGAAGAAGAUUAAUCUAACAACACUAGUGACAACUUCCACAUUUUUGGCUUCCUGGCUGUUUGGAGUGAUGGGAAAUGCCGAAAGCAGUUCCUUUCAGAAGCACUUGUCAAGGUUUGUGGCUGCCGAACAGAGCAUCAUUGAGAGAGUAUUUGAUGCAUUAUCCAGUGUGAAUGGCUCUUCAGAAGCAAAGAGUGGGAAGACAGCUAAAGGUACUGUCAGCCUGACAAUGCUAAAGGCCUAUAUCAAAGAUACAUUACCAGAUUCUAUGAUUACCCGGCUCCAUAAUGGGAUGUGCACUGUGGAUAUCAGUGGGAAAUCGGCUGGUGCUGCAACACAGUUUGGUAGAGAACAUUUUGUUGUGUUCCUGUCUGAAGUCCUUGUAGGAAAUGCAGAGGAGAAAAGUUUUGCUGUAAUGCCAAUGAUAUCUGUAUCUAACAAUGGCUCAGUGACUGGGAAAGAAGUCCUAGAGUUUACAGACGAUCUCAUCUCAUCUGUCCUUCAUGUCUUGAAAGAGAAGAAGAUGCUACAAGGCUGGAAUUUGGAGAAGACUCACAGUGCUACUGCUGGAGUCAAAUCACUUGCAAUGCACUUUGUGUUAGAGCUAAAAAAACAAGAAACGGAGCUGCCACAGUCUGAAAUAAUGAGAUCCUGCUACGACAGAAGCACCAUUGAAGACUGGAUUUACAGAGUGUGUCAUAUCUCUUCGUUUCUGACCUUUGUGGUCAGUCAAAGCCUUAGUAUUGACCUAUCAACAACAGAUGAGCAGAGUGCAUCAGUGAAGCUGCUCCCACGGUGCAGGGGACCAGAAUGGACAGAGUUUUCCAGUAUUUUGGACCUUCCUUCUGCAAUUUACCUUAAUUCCCAGCUGCCAUCAGAGCUGCAACACCAAUGGCGACUGCUGUUCUCCAACCGCAUUCAUGGUGAAAGCUUUUCACAACUCUGUGGUAAAAUUGUCAGGCAGGGCCCAACUAUAAUCAUUCUGAAGGAUACUGAUGGACAUAUAUUUGGAGGGUUUGCAUCUCACAGCUGGGAAUUCAAACCACAGUUCCAAGGUGAUAGCAGCUGUUUCUUGUUUACCACUUAUCCUUCCCUUGGUGUUUACACAUACACAGGUUAUAAUGAUCACUACAUGUACUUGAAUAGCGGCCAGCAAACCAUGCCAAAUGGGUUGGGGAUGGGUGGGCAGCAUGACUACUUUGGAUUGUGGCUUGACAGCGACUAUGGUAAGGGUCACAGUAAGGCAAAGCCCCGCUGUACCACCUACAACAGUCCUCAACUGUCUGCCAAAGAGACAUUUACCAUUGAUGCCUUGGAGGUGUGGGGAACUGGGAAGCCCCCACAAAAUCUCCCUGCAAGUGCCAAAAAGAGCGUCUUGGAUGUAGACCCAGAGGCCCAAGCCUUGCUGGACUUAAUAGGAAAGUCUCGAAAGAGUGAAGGACUACGAGAACCUGUUGAUGAAGAUGAUGAGGCAUAACAUGAUGGUGUAAGCUGAAGUUUUUCCAGCCGAAGUUCAGCAAAAAAGGACAUUUGAGGUUCAGAAAUCAUGCUGAGGCCUUACUGCUGUUACAGACUCUUUUUAUUCCUUAAUUUUAUGCAGAUACAAUGACAAAUGUAUUGCUAAUAUUUUUAAAUCUUUUGUUCACUUCCUUUUGUAAAUGGGACAAGAUGCAUUAGCAUCCACCUUCCAUGCUCAAAGAAGAGUAGAAAUCUCCUGUUUAUAAAGGGCUUUCAUUUUUA